UAGGAGACAUUAGAAAAAUAUUCUCGCACGAAAGGUUUUCGUCACGACUCGAAGUAUAAUUCUCAAAUGCCACGUGUUGGCUUGCUAGAAUGGCGGACGCUGCUCCAGCCGCACGUGGCGGUUUUCGCGGAGGUUUCGGUUCUCGCGGCGCGGGAGAUCGCGGUGGCCUGAGGGGUCGAGGCAGAGGCAGAGGCAGAGGACGCGGUCGCGGACGCGGGAAGGAGGACAGCAAGGAAUGGGUUCCGGUUACGAAGCUGGGCCGUCUGGUCAGAGACGGCAAGAUACAAUCGCUCGAACACAUCUACCUGUUCUCUUUGCCUAUCAAGGAGUUCGAGAUCAUCGACAGAUUCCUCGGGCCGGAUCUGAAGGACGAGGUCUUGAAGAUCAUGCCUGUGCAGAAACAAACUAGAGCAGGUCAACGCACGCGUUUUAAGGCUUUUGUCGCCAUUGGAGACAGCAAUGGGCACAUCGGACUGGGAGUGAAGUGCUCCAAGGAAGUGGCCACCGCCAUCCGCGGCGCCAUCAUUCUGGCAAAGCUGUCCGUUGUGCCGGUACGACGCGGUUACUGGGGCAACAAGAUCGGCAAGCCGCACACGGUGCCGUGCAAGGUCACCGGCAAGUGCGGCUCUGUACAGGUGCGCCUGAUCCCGGCGCCCAGGGGCACCGGCAUCGUGUCCGCUCCGGUACCCAAGAAGCUGCUUCAGAUGGCCGGCAUCGAGGACUGCUACACCUCGGCCAGAGGCUCCACCUGUACGCUCGGCAAUUUCGCCAAGGCCACGUACGCCGCGAUCGCCAAGACGUACGCGUACCUGACGCCCGACCUGUGGAAGGAGCAGGCGCUGGCCAAGGCGCCGUACCAGGAGUUCGCCGAGUAUCUGUCCAAGACUCACAAAGGAGGCGCGAGGGCGGCCGAAGUUGUCUGAAUAAAUAUUAAAUAUCCAUUUGCCAUUUUGACCUUAAAA